ACGUGGCUCUCCUUAUUUGUACUGAUAAAUUAUCUGGGUUGUCUUAUCGACGUGUUCAAUUGUUUCAGGACAUGUUCUCGAGUUUACUGUCGAGCCGACUGACACCGUCGUCGAGUCCGGCCAAUCGGCUGUGCUUGAUUGCGUUGUCAAGGCGUCCCAGCAUCAAUCCAGCGUGCUGAUACAGUGGAUGGACAAGGAUGCAUCGACACUUAAUUUUCUUGGAGACACCUACAGGAGUCAACUGACGAACGGAUCGCUUUACAUAAGCAACAUCACGGAGGAACAACGAUUGACGGGCACUUAUCAAUGCGUCGCCGAGCUGCCGAACAUCGGCAAAAUCAUCAGCCGCACUGCCACACUCAGCAUUGCGAAAUUGCACGGUUUUUUCGAAGAACCGAAAAACAUAACCGUGUAUUUGGGCCAAAAAGCGCAUUUCGCUUGUUCAGCAAACGCAUCGCCACCUACGAGAAUACGAUGGUUUAAAGACGAUCGACCGUUGCAAAUCGACGAGUUAAGAAUGACAGUUUUACCCUCCGGAGCACUGGAAAUCGACGAAGUACAAGAAUCUGACCAGGGCUGGUACCGAUGCAACGUAACUGGUUACAAUUCCUACAUAGUAAGUAGCAUAGCUAGUUUGACAAUCAACGGGGACCAAGAUAAGGCUGCUCAAACCGCGCCGCCGAAUUUUAUUGCCGCCCCCAGGUCGGAGGUGGUAAUCGAGGGGCAAAACAUAUCCUUGGAUUGUGCGGCUAACGGGAAUCCAUAUCCUACGAUAAGUUGGUUGAAGGACGGGUACAAUAUCGACAUGAACGACUUGGACAGUAGAUUUAGCCGGGUGGGAUCAACAAACUCGUUAAGGAUAACGAAAAUCAAGGAAGAAGACGCGGGAACAUAUCAAUGUCGAGCCGAAAACAGGGAAGACAGUUUUGAUGAGUCUGCGAUAAUCCAAGUUCAAGUGCCUCCUAGAUUCUUAACAAAACCUCAGGACAAAAUAGAACACGUAUCAAACAAUGUAGAAUUGCAGUGUAACGUUUUUGGUAAACCUGAACCAAAAAUCCAAUGGUUUAGGAAUGGCGAAUCCAUAGGCCAUAGUGAAUAUUACAACAUUGUCAAUGGCCAUAAUUUAAAAAUUACCGGACUGCUUAGCGAAGAUUCCGGUAUUUUUCAAUGUUUUGCCACCAAUCCGGCCGGAAAUAUUCAAGCUGCCGCCAGUUUACGUGUCAUUUCCAAUACGGACAAGCGAAAACCGCAAAAAGUUAAACAGAAAAAAGCUAGACCGCAAUUCGACGAGCAACUAAUAAAAAAGCAACAAUCCAAAAACAUAUUUAACAACCUGAAAGCGGACUUUCCGUCCGACGCCGAAGCCCACGACUUCGGCCUUCUGCCGACUAACUCUAAAUACGACCCCCAUCGAGCUUUUUCCUCUUUAAAAAGUAGCAGCGACCCGUUCGAUAGCGACCUGGGUUAUUUCGAAUCCGCUUUUUCUCCCACUUUAACCCGCCCCCGUGCAGGAAACGCAGAAAAGAAGAUCAUCGACGGACUGCCCGGGCCACCCCAGGACCUUAAGGCGCUCAUUGUCAAAGCGAGAUUUAUUAUCCUCGGAUGGCACCAACCGCUGGAGAAUAGCGACGAUAUUCAGGCCUAUUCAGUGUUUUACAAGCAGGAAGGAAGCGAAAGAGAGAGAGUCCAAAACACAACAAGAUCGAAACUGGAAGAAAUAAGCAUACAAAACUUACUACCCGGCAAAGUGUACCAUUUCCGGGUGGUGGCUUUCAACCAAAAAGGGGCAGGAAUUUCCUCCAAACCUUUAACAGUUACCACUCAAAGUGAAGAAUACGUAGCCACUGCCCCACAACAGUUUGAAGUGUUCGCCACCGGCGCCAGAAGCAUUCACGUCACCUGGGAACCCCCGCAAAAUCCCAAUGGGGUUAUCAUUAAGUACAACGCUUAUUAUAUGAAGGCUGGUGGUUCUUUGGAACACAAAGUGGACACAUCAGAAACAUCAUAUGAUCUAACCGGAUUGUUUCCGUAUACUGAAUACAGUAUAUGGGUGGUUGCUGUCAAUAACAAUGGCCCAGGCGCGGCCACGGAUGAAAAAUUAGUGAGAACGUUCAGUGAUGUGCCAUCAGAACCCCCAAAUAAUGUAACAUUAGAACCUACAAGCACUAGCAUUUUGGUAAGGUGGGAACCGCCAUCUUUGGAAGCCCAAAAUGGGGUUAUUUUGGGCUACAAAAUAAAAUACCGCAAAGAAGGAAGAAAACCAACGAACAUCCAAACGGAAGCCAAUAUACACCACCACACCAUAAGCGAUUUAGAAAGGGGUGUGAAAUACUCUGUAAGGUUGUGGGCUCUUAAUAUAAAUGGUUCCAGUCCCCCUACAGAUUGGUUUGACACCAUAACUUACGAAACCGACAUGAAUGAAGAUAAAGUACCUGAAAAGCCCGCUUAUAUUAGAGUUCGUUCCAUGUCCGAUGUUCUGUUCGUUAUUUGGGGUCCCCCAUUAAAACAAAAUACACGAGUGCGUAACUACGUCUUGGGUUGGGGAAAAGGAGUACCUGAUAUGUACAGCACGGAGUUGCACGAAAAUAACCGAACUUAUGUUAUAAAAGGUUUGGAACCGAAUUCCGAAUAUGUGUUGAGUAUAAGAGCCAGCAACCAAAUGGGUACUGGACCGCCAACAUACACGACCGUAAGAACCCAGGAAGAGCCCCCUCCAGAACCGGCUGCAGCCCUGAUGCCUCCUAUUGGGCUUAAGGCGCAUGUUAUAACACCUCAGACGGUGGUGCUGUAUUGGUCAGAUCCUACAUUAAAAUAUCAGAGCGUACGGGAUAAUAGAGUGUAUGUUAUAAAAUACACAGUUGAGAAAUCUUCAAAAAAUCGUUUUGAGAAUACGUCAGAUCUGAAUUAUAUGAUCAACGACCUGAAACCGAAUACGAAUUAUGAGUUUUCAGUAAAACUUGUUAAAGGUUCAAAAGAGAGUCCCUGGAGCAUGGUGGUUUCGAACAAAACGUUCGAGUUGCCUCCAAACGUUCCGCCGCGCGACCUCGAUAUCCACUUCAAAGACGAAGAGUCGCAAUUGGUGGAGCUCUCGUGGCAGCCUCCCAAGAUAACGAGCGGUCGCAUAACGGGCUACGUGAUUUUGUUCACGGAAAACAAAACGAAGAACGAUCGGGAGUGGCAAGCGUUGGCCGUCAAAGGCGACAAUCAUUCGAGCGUCAUAUACGACUUGAAGCCGUUCACGCAGUAUUAUUUCAAGGUGCAGGCCAGGAACAGUAGGGGUUACGGGCCGUUUUCCAAUGUGGUGACUUUUAGAACGGGACAAAAUGUUGCCUCAAUUAGUAUUCACCAAAAUAGUGAUUCUCCCGGCAUCUUCUCUAAAAGCUUCCUCCUCUAUCUUCUCGGAGUAGGCUGUUUCGUUGCCGUGGCAACAGUCGCAGGCGUGGUGAUUUUCCUGUGCUGUCGAAGGAAGGACCCUGCCACCACGUCCCCAGAUCGCAGUAAAAAAGGCUACCAAAAGGGUACUCAAAACAUCAAACCCCCGGAUCUGUGGAUCCACCACGACCAGAUGGAGUUAAAGGCUAUGGAGAAAAGGCACUCUAAUAAUGACGGCGCUAGCAGCAGUGGCGCCAUGACGCUGCCCCGGAGCGUCGGCGGAAACGAUUACGAUAAUCACGAUCAUAUGAAUACCAAUUCCCUGGAUAAGAGGAAUUAUGCUGCCAGUAAUUAUGGAGGUAGUUCUACAGAUCAAUCACUGAAAAGAACCCUAAAAUCCAAACCAAUUAUUUCAUUGCCAGUCGAUUCUAAACCGCCCAGAGAACCAAUUGCGACUCCAAUAAACACAGCAACUUUAAGCCAAUCGAGUUCAGAUUCGACUCCAUCUAGUAGGCCGUCUUACCAAAGAACAGGCUACUCGAUGCCGCGAACAAUGGUGUCAAACGAUGCUCAUAUGUCAAAUACGCCACCGCCAAUGGAAAACCUCUAUUCUGCGCAUCCAGGGCACACUACCUACGACACGACCACGCCCUCUGGCUAUAUUAGCCAACCUCCUAUAACACACGUGCCACCUGGUAGUACUUACGCCCCUGGUAUGAAUAUUUUGGCCGAUCAGGCGGCCAAAAGGGCUCAGGGACAGGGGCACCCUCUGAAAAGCUUUACAGUGCCUGCGCCACCCCCCAUUUCCGCCCCUGGUACACCACAGGCCAAACAUAUUGUUACAGUCCGACCUAAUUCCUCACCAUUUAAAAAGGCACCAACAACAAGUGGUAGCGCGAGCACGUUGACGGGCACGCCGCCCUCUAGGAUCAGUGCCGCCAACGCGCCGCCGCACACGCCCGAAGAGGUUCAGCGCCUCCAUUCGUCGCACUCGACCGAGGAACUCAAUCAGGAGAUGGCGAACCUCGAGGGGCUCAUGCUGACCUUAAACGCGAUCACGGCCAACGAAUUCGAGUGCUAA